CUAAUUUUGGGGAUUUCUAAACCUUCAAAAAAUUGCUUAUCGUUCAACGUCGAGCAGCCAUUUGCCUACGGAGAAGUUGGUCGACGCUGGCUUUUAGCGAACUUGGUUAGGUUUUCUUAUUUUGAAAGCUACAUCUAAAAGCUUUCACAAACAAUGUAAGAUGGAGGAAAGUUUCGGUCUGACGUGGGAGGAUGCCACCACUGUGGUUCAAACAGAGGAGGUAAUUUGUGGCAUGGAAAAUGAGAUCAUUCCAGCCGAAAGUGAAGAAUUCACUGGCGGAGUAGUCGAGGAGGAGGUGAUCCAAGAAGAUGUUCAAAAUGAACCAGAAAUUGGUCAGCAAACUGAUAAUGGCAGUAUUAUGUAUUUGACAGAUGGCAAUGUCUUGGUGAUGCAGCAAACUAAUUCAGAAAACUAUCCACAAGAUGAUUUAAUGGAAUUUACAGAAGAAGUAAUAACAGAUCAAUGGGGGGAAAGUUGCCCUGAAGAAAUUAUAGUUGGAUCUGAAGAGGCAGUGGGCAAUGUUGAUGGUCAAAAUGCUGAAGAUUGUGAUAUCCCACUUCCAACAGAUCAAGAUGAAUACACUGCCGCCAGACCAUAUCCAUGUGAUUUUUGCAGUAGGAGAUUUCGCAAAAAGGCCAAUCUUAUGAACCAUAUGGUGGCGCAUCAGACAGAUAGGCCCCAUGGUUGUAAUCUGUGUGGUGUCAGAUAUAUCCGCAAGUCUGAUUUAAUGAAUCACUUGAAAACUCAUGCAUAUAUCCCAGAUGCAGAAGUCCUGGAAGAAGAGGAGGAACUCUCUGCAAAUGAUAAUGAUUUUGAUAAGGCCAGAAAAAAACAAAAAUCUUUAGGCAAACGAAAAAGAAAAAAAAGUUUGAAAGAUUUUGAAAUUUAUGAAGCUAGCGGAGCAGUUGCUUCAAGUUCUAAUUCAUACAAUUACAAUGAAGACAUUGGGUUAAUUGAGGAAGUACCUAAUAGCUCGGAUUAUCUCGGUACUCAGGAAGAGGAGAUCCGAUACCCAAUAACAGAUCCAAAAAAGCCAUUUGUUUGCCAGCACUGCGGAGUGUGUUUUGCAAGGGAAAAAGCACUGGCGUCCCACGCCAGAAUUCAUGGAGGCGACAGCCCAUUUGAAUGUCAAAAAUGUGGCGAAAUGUUUUGGGACGUGAAUUUAAUGCGGGAACACGCGCGGUCUAAACACGGAGAAAUGGAGGACUUUGAUGAUGAUGAGGACGAUGAUUAUUCAGAUUCGGAGGGGACAAAAUAUGGUACAUUCUAUUGUGCCACUUGUGGGUUGUCAUUUCAUAGACAAGACAAUCUUAAACGCCACCAGAGGGUACAUAUUAAAGAGGAGUGUGUAACUGAGCAGGAUUUUGGGCACAUUUGCAAUGUAUGCGGAGAGUCUUUUCAGGAAGCCCUUGACUUGCUGGCUCACGCGGAAGUCCACGCUCGAACAUCCGAGCAUCGUUGCAUGGUUUGUGGUGAAAUUUGUCUCGAUGAAAAUGUACUUGCGAAUCACGUACAAAUUAUCCAUAAAAAAUUACCUCCUAAUACUUGUAUGCUGUGCGGUCGCACUUGCAAAGACGGUCGCAUCCUUUUGAAGCACUCAUGGGAACAUUCGAAGGAGAAAGCAUUUGCUUGCUCAAAAUGCGCAAAGACCUUCCACAACAAGGCCCGAUUGAAGAGGCACAUGCUUUCGCACAGAAACAAGGCGGUGUCUUGCGAUGUCUGCGGCGAGGAUUUUCCCGACGGAAGGGGCCUGAUGAAUCAUAGGCACAGCCACAGCAGUGUCUCGGGGCGGCAGUUCCCUUGUCGAGAGUGCGGCAAGACGUUUGGUUCUCGUAGUUCUCAACAGAUCCAUAUCAGAAUACAUACAGGUGAAAGACCUUAUGGUUGCCGAUUUUGUUGGAAGGCAUUUGCUGAUGGCGGCACUCUGCGUAAACACGAAAGAAUUCAUACCGGCGAGAAGCCUUACGCUUGCGCAGUGUGCCCUAGGGCUUUUAAUCAACGGGUGGUUCUUAGGGAACAUAUUAGAUCACACCAUUCAGGACCCGACCCAAAGUUUACCCAUAGUUUGACACCUUUUUCUUGUGCCGUUUGUUCGGAUAUGUUCGCCACUUCGCAGGAUCUUAUCUUACAUUUAAUACAUCAUUGCGACAUGAAUACCGCUAUGAAACGACAGCCACAAGUCGGACCAAGGAAGUAUAAGAGAAGGCGAAAACUUAAACCUCACGAACUGGAUAUGAUAUCAAAUCGACAGGAACAAGAAAAUUUCGAAAAUGACAAUUUUGAGAAUGAACAGUUCUCAGAGUCUGACGAAGAAAAAGAAAGAAAGAGGAGAGCCACGAGACGGUCUUCGCGUAAAUCGUCCAGUUCACCGAGGCCUAGCAUCAGCGAAACUUGCGAAGACCUUUACAGCGGCGUCUCGCCACCACCCGAACAUGUAAGCCCUUCAAUGACCAUUCCGAAAUCGCCUACAUCUAAAACUAAAGCAAAAAAGGGCAAAACCGAGUCGGGACCUUUACCCUCCAGACCCAAAAUGAUUCACACUCAAAAAACGAGAGUGCCCGUGGAACCUGGCGAGGAUGGUAGAGUGAGACACAAGACCAGAACUCUAGUUACCAGGACACAUCCUGCUGAAAUUAAAUCUGCCACAGGUGAACGAAUUAGACCUCGAACAAAAAACGUCAGUUAUCACAUACUGACGCCGGAAAAGUAUCCGGUGGCGACAUUCUUGGAAAACGAGCCCCAACAGGCGGUCGAGAAUCUUUUGAAACAAACCGAAUCGGAAUCGAACUUGCUGGAGGAUCAGCAGCAGUCGACCACUAACGGGGACAUCUUCGAUGAACAAAUCGUGGAACAAACUCCUGAGGUUGCCGCCGAGCAGAUCGUCGAAGCGGAGCCCUUAGCGGCGACCGCCGAAGUGAAAAAUAGAAGAAACAGUUUGAGGAUCGCCCGCAGUAACGUUAUAGGGGCGGGCAGUAGGAUCCGAUUGGUGAAAGGGGGCAUGCUCAUCUCGAAGGCAAAAAGAAAUAGCGAAAGUCAGAGCGAGUCCGAGUCGAUACCCACGUUACAGGCCGACGUUUAUAUAAAGCAAGAGUCGUCCCAGAACGUAAACAAUACGAGCGAUGGCGAGUUAAACAGCGAAACGUUUACGAUCAAAUCGGAAAUCGCCUUGGGCCCAGCGGAAAUGAACGAGUCCUCCCCCCAAGGCGAAACGAACACCCCAAACGUGGUUCACGUGAAGCAGGAGCUGAUGGAUCCCAGCGCGUUGCACGAGCUCGCCGAAAUAUCCAUGCAGCACGCCAAUUCCCAUAACCUGUACAAGUGUGAAAUGUGCGAUGAGGUGUUUACCGAUAGGGCGCAGUUGUUGGUUCACGUGCCCAUACAUAUUUGAUGUUAAAUGUGGAAAGAGUGGGAGAUUUGAAUAGAUUUUCAAGUUUGUUUAGUUUUAUUACGCAAGAUCGAGGUGAGUAACGCUAAAGCUGCCAGGCAGAAGGAGAUUUUUAAUUUUUAAUUAUGUGGAUCCACUUUAUCAUCUGCUUCAUCACCUUUCCGUUACAGUGUUUCCAUAGACUGUUCGGGACGUUUUGCUUAUGUAAAAUUUAUGUUUUUGGAUAAUAACACCCCAAUAUCUUAUACAGCGAUUAAAAAAAAAUCAUGAUCUCGUAAAGUUCUGUAAGUAUUUUAAAGUUUUACCAGACAGGAGAUUUUUAAAUUGAAAAAGUUUCCCAAAGAUUCAAACAGAAUUGUUGAUUUUCGGAAAAAGUGUGUCUUAAGGUUUAAUUUUUCAUUGUUUUGCCAUACACAAGCCGCUUCAUUACUGUUGAUCUACUGUGAAUGAUUAGUCAGAGAAUCGGUCAAGUCAAAUUAGCAAUCUCAGCAAAAGAUUGCACGUUCAGUAUGUCUUUAUAUGACUUUGAAACACCCAACUGUGGUCCACAUAUGAAAUAGAAUAUUUAAAAUUCAUUGUUCUUAUUGGUAUUCUACAAAAUCGUGCCUAUAAAUGUUUUGCCUUAAUUUAGCUGGUUGUAAUUUCAAUGUAACUUUUUUUUUAUGGUUUCCAGUUGUGCACUACUAUUUUAGUAGAGAAAGUGAUUUGACAUCAAAGUAAUGAUAAAACAGUUUUGGUAAUAUGGAAAUCUAUUCAUAUUAAGUCAGACGAUAGGAAAAGAUUGUAUAUAAUCUGAGACAGUGUAAAUUUGUGCUUAUAUCACUUAUUGUAGAAGUGCUUUUUAUGUAAAUUUGAAGAUUUUUGUAAUGUCUAUAGGACUCUCCAUCAGACUAAAUUCCUAUCGGACUAUAAAAUCGGUAUAUCUAUAUUUUUUAUAUAAUUUAAACUUAGGUAGUUCUACCAUCAAAAAGUAUAUUCUUGCGUCACCCACUUUAUUGCUUUAUGUUAAAGUUUAACCUUUUGGGAUCCAAUUAGGUUAUAUAUUUUAUCACAUUGCGGUUGUGUAAAUAUUGAAAUAUAAGUAGGUUUUAUGAGGCUGUAAUAUUUGCCCCUGAAUUAAUGGAAUAAAUCUAUGGUUAGGUC